UCUAGGAAAUUUAAUUAAUAGCCUUGAAUUCUUGGGAUUUUUUUUUAAAGAAAUGAUAGAUCUGUACCUUGAAUUUACAUUCUGCUUGCAUUUUUGAUGGAUUCGUGGACUAGAAUCUGCAGAGAUCCCAGGGAAUGGAUCUGAGCAAUUGUACCCGAGUGACUGAAUUCGUCCUUCUUGGCUUUCCACGCAUUUCUGGAAUGAACAUCACUUUGUUUACAGUCAUCCUCCUGCUCUACAUUUUGUCCAUCUCAGGUAAUGGUUUCAUCAUAAUCAUCGUAAGAGUUGAUCGUCAACUCCAGAAGCCAAUGUACUUCUUCCUUAGCAACCUCUCUUUCCUCGAGAUAUGGUACACCACCGUUUUAGUCCCCAAAAUGUUGGCCAAUCUGCUGUCAUCCAAGACCACCAUCUGCUUCUACUGCUGCAUGGCGCAAUCCUAUUUCCACUUUCUCUUGGGCAUCACAGAAUUUUACAUCCUCACGGUCAUGUCGUUCGACCGGUAUCUGGCCAUCUGCCAGCCGUUAAGAUACCCCACCAUCAUGACUACCGGUGUUUGCUUUCAGCUCGCCUUGGCUGCGUGGUUCGGGGGCUUCUGUACCAUCCUUCUCCAGACCGUGUUGGUGGUGAGACUGCCUUUCUGCCAUUCCAACGUGGUCAACCAUUUUUAUUGUGACAUUGGGCCCUUGUUGAAAAUCUCCGGGGGUCAUACCAAUCUUAUCGAAGCCCUGGGCUUCCUGAUUUCGGUAGCUGUCAUCUUGACGUCCCUGCUCCUGAAUGUGAUUUCUUACACCUUCAUCAUUUCCGCUAUUCUCCGCAUCCCGUCGGCCAGCGGAGGGCGGAAAGCUUUCUCCACUUGCGCCUCCCAUCUGACGGUGCUCAGCAUCUUGUAUGGGGCUGUCCUUUUCAUCUACCUGAGACCUUCUGCGGCACGUUCCUCAUUCAACCUUAACAAGGCCGUCUCCAUGCUGAACACAGUCAUAGCCCCUGUGCUCAACCCUUUCAUCUACACCAUCAGAAACAACGACGUCAAAACGGCAUUGAGGAAGUUGUUGCGAUCAUCGGAGGGCAAAUGAACUUCCCCUCCAUUGUAAAUGCCUGGUUGCGAUGCAAAAGAUUUGAAAGGGAGGCGCCGACGGCGGGAACAGCCUAAUUUUAAAUGUAUUUUAUUUCGAAAUAAUGCCAUUUGAAAUCUGUACCUUUUUAUAAUGUUGGCUGAUGGAGUUUGCUGAGAAAACUGUUGGAUGAAGAAUCCAGUAAACAGUAUC